AUGACCAUGUCGAUAUUCACCUAUUUCUACUACAAAUGCCUGGCAGUCCUUCUCCGGGCAGUGGUUGGGCUGGGCACCCGGGUGUCUGCCACCCCGGAUUCCGUGCGCCCGAUCCCAUCUCGCGAUGUGGGGAGGUCCAUCAAGGUUCAUGUGUACCGCCAAUCCUCCUCGAGCCCAUCACCGGUCCUCCUCAAUUUCCACGGGAGUGGGUUCAUUCUUCCUCUGCAUGGCAGUGAUGACGAGUUCUGUCGGCGGGUGAGCCGAGAAACCAAGUACACCGUGCUGGAUGUCCCUUAUCGCCUGGCCCCUGAACACCCGUUCCCGGCCGCGCUGAAUGACGUCGAGGAUGCCAUUAACUACGUGCUGGCCCGCCCGGACGAGUUCGACCUCACUCAUUUCUCGCUGAGCGGGUUCAGCGCGGGCGGCAAUCUCAUCCUCGCAGCAAGCUCGCUUCUCUUCCCUCCCGACACCUUCCGCUCGCUGGUGUCGUUCUACCCGGUGACCAACCUCACUAUCGACCCGGCUUCCAAACACGCCCCGAACAGACAAGGACGUGCGAUCCCCGUUCCCGUCUCGCGCGUGUUCAUCGGAUGCUAUGUCCCCCCGACCGUUGACAAGCGGGACCCCCGCAUCUCACCGCACUUUGCGCCGCUGGACCGAUUCCCACGCCGCAUGCUCAUGAUCACGGCUGACGGCGAUUCGCUUGCGCCCGAGACGGAGCUGCUGGCUGAGAACCUCCAGCAGCAACAGGGCUGGCAGGUGGACUACCAGCGCAUGGAGCAGUGUAACCAUGCGUGGGACAAGCAAGCGCAUGCGGCGGGCACCCCGCAACACGAGGCCAAGGACCGCGCAUACGGGCUGGCGGUUGAUCUGCUGAACGAAUAG